CUCUCUGCAGUCCCCAUAGACUCGACAGCAGGUAUUAAGAUGCUGUAUGUGUUUGUGGAUAUCCAGAUGGACAAUGCACACUUCCUGGACACGGUCAAGUUCAACUUCGCCCCUGGACAAUCUCUGGCACUCGUCAGCACUAUUCAGUUUGUGGCAGCACUGCAGGCUGUGAGUGCAGCCCUCAAGCCGGAGUACGACAUGUUUGUCCCACAGUGUCGUCCUCUGUCACCAGGAGAGAUUCUGGGCUGUACGUCCCCUCGCUUGGACCGCCACGUUAAUGCCAUAAUUUAUCUAGGAGAUGGAAGAUUUCACCUGGAGUCGAUCAUGAUUGCAAACCCAGAUAUCCCUGCCUACAGAUAUGACCCCUAUAGUAAGGUGUUCUCCAGGGAGUACUACGACCACGAGGCCAUGCGUGCCUUAAGGCACCAGGCUAUUGACAAGGCUCGACUGGCACAGAGAUGGGGGCUCAUCUUGGGCACGCUGGGCCGACAGGGCAGCCCCAAAGUCCUGGAGCACCUGGAAUCAAGGCUCCAGUCAUUGGGCAAGUCCUUCACUCGAGUGCUUCUCUCUGAGAUUUUCCCAAGCAAGCUGGAUCUGAUGCCAGAAGUAGACGCGUGGGUCCAGAUCGCUUGUCCACGCCUUUCCAUCGACUGGGGCACUGCCUUCUCCAAACCCCUGCUGUCUCCGUAUGAGGCAGCUGUUGCUUUGCAAGAGGUAAGCUGGAAGGAAGUCUACCCCAUGGACUUCUACUCCAACCAGAGCCUGGGGCCGUGGGCGCCCAACCACCCCGACAACCAACCUGUGCGGCCCGCUCGGAGACAGAAUCAGAAACCAGGCUCGGAGCCAAGCCUUCCCACCAAGCGGUGUGAGCAGAACCAGUGCGCCCCCUGUGGCUGCCAGAAGGAAUGACACGUCGUGACCGACGCUGUCUUCGACUCGUCUCGCGCCCGGCCGCGCCUCCACCCUCUGCAAACGGCCUGAGGAAGGUCAGAGCGGAUGAGGAGAGCCGGUGUUUGUCCAGACAGUCUAUCAGAGAGCAGAGCUAAAGCCAGAGGAGUGUUCAUCCUCCCCUCAGAUGGAUUACCAGCUGUAUAUAAUCCCUAAUCUUACAGCACAGCAGAUCAAACCAAAUUCAUUCACUAUUUUUUUUAACAUGUAUUCUGAGCUUAGAUGCAACUGAGAGAAUAGCUCCCGUGUUCAAGCUCAUGCGUGUUCACGUGAGCCUGAUUUCCCCUCACGAAGGAGUGACUUUCUGCAGUGCUAGUGGAGGAAUUCAUCCUGCAUAGGGGAAAUGUGUGGGUCUCUCUGUAAUGCAGACACUGCUUUUGUGACUGUUGUAGAGAGAGCGAGAGCGCGAGAUGACCUUGAGCAUGCUGUAUGGAAUUAAGUGUCUAUCAAUGUGGGUGGCUUUAGUCAAAUGCAAUCCACUCGUCCUUGGAUAAAGCGCUGUAAAUUGUUUGACACUUCAAACGAGCUUCCCUUUAACGCUUUGUCUCAGAGACGGUCAGACAUAUUAUACAAAGCACUUUUUGAUGUACAGUUUGUGACUUUUCACACUUUUAACAUUUUCUCCUGAUCGUGACGCAUCUUGACCUAAUAUUUUUAUAUUUUUUUCAUUUUCUUCUUUCUCUAGUCAGAUUCUAAAACAAUAAAUCUGAAAUGGAACCUCG